AAAAGGUUGGUGCGAUUAUUUCUUGCAGCAAAUAAACUCUCUGGUAUAAUCCCUGCCUCCAUCUUUAAUAGUUCAGCCAUUACUUCCAUUUCAGUAACCAACAAUUACUUUCAUGGCAAUCUCCCAAUUAACAUGGGUCUCACCCUACCAAAUCUGAAACUAUUAGCUGCUGCGGAAAACAAUUUCUCUGGAAACUUUCCCACUUCAAUCACCAAUGCUUCUGGGCUUGAGAUACUUGAUCUUUCCCAUAAUAAAGUUGCAGGCCAAGUUCCAGCUAAUUUAGGAGAUCUGACAAAUCUUCAAAGAUUAAAUCUUGAAAUAAACCUCUUCGGCGGUAAUUCAACUGGGGACUUAGAUUUUAUUGCAUCACUGACCAACUGCAGUAAUCUAGGAAUGCUUUCCUUGAGUGUCAAUACAUUUGGAGGUAAUGUACCUAAAAUCAUGGCCAAUCUCUCAAAUCAACUGACUACAUUGUACUUGGGAGAUAACCAACUGUCAGGAACGAUUCCAGAAGGAUUUGGAAAUUUUGUCAACCUAAUUCGACUUGGCCUUGAAGAAAACUAUCUUUUAGGGGGUCAUUCCAAGAGAUUUUGGCAAAUUACAAAAUUUGCAACUUCUGCGUUUUGACGAUAAUCAAUUUUCAGGACACAUAGUAUCUACCCUAUGUAACGCCACCACUCUAUACAAUCUGGACUUAUCAACCAACCAGUUUUAAGGGGGCAAUAUAUUUGACAAUGUUCUUAUGAACUGUCAAAAUUUGCAAUAUCUGGAUAUAUCUCAAAACAACUUCAAUGGAAUUAUAUCACCACAUUUUCUGCAGACGCACUCAUCACUGAUUUACAUGAAAAUAGGUGAAAAUUCGUUUAGUGGUUCUCUGCCUCCUGAAGUUGGAAAGCUUAUACAUUUGGUGGAUUUCAAUGUUUCCCACAACCAACUAGCUGGAGGUAUGCCCAUAUCACUUGCUGACUGUUCAGAUCUGCAGAAUCUUUUUAUGCAAUCCAAUUUUUUCCAAGGAACAAUUCCACCAAAUUUGGCUUCUUGGAAGAGCAUCGAGCAAUUAGACCUUUCAAGUAAUAACUUGACUGGACCAAUACCAAAAGAACUUCAGAAGCUUCAGUUUUUGAGCUACUUAAAUCUUUCCUACAACGACAUUGAGGGUGAGAUACCAAACACAGGAGUUUUCAGGAAUGAAAGUCAAAUAUCAUUGACUGGCAACAACAAACUCUGUGGAGGCAUUCCAGAAUUGGAGUUCCCACCUUGCCCAGUGAUUAAAGGGAAAACCAGAGGAAAGCUUAAGGUUAUCAUAUUGUUGUCCAUUGUUUUACCAGCAGCGCUUCUGGUUCUCGGUGCAUUGUUGUUAUAUUUCUUGGUAUAUCGAAAAAGAGAAAGAAGAAUGGUGGCCGGAUUCUCUAGCAUGCCCACAAGAAACAAUGAGCUCUUACGGCUUUCUUACCAUGAACUUGUUCGUGCAACUUCAGGAUUUUCUCCAGACAACUUAAUUGGUUCAGGAAAUUUCGGAGCUGUCUACAAAGGAAGGCUAGGAAAAUAUGGCAAUAAGCUUGUAGCAGUUAAAGUUCUUGAUCUUCAAAAGAACGGAGCUUCGAAAAGUUUUAAGGCGGAGUGCAAAGCAUUGAGAAAUAUUCGCCAUAGAAACCUCGUUUCUAUCGUGAGUUAUUGUUCCAGUAUUGAUUCCAAGGGUGAUGAAUUCAAAGCUCCAAUCUAUGAGUUGAUGGAAAAUGGAAAUCUGGACCUGUGGCUGCAUCCUUCAGAGACAACUGAUCAGGCAACAAGCUCAAGAAGUCUUAAUCUUCUUCAGAAGCUAAAUAUUGCAAUUGAUGUGGCUUCAGCAUUGCAAUAUCUUCACGACCACUGCGAAGCUGAGAUUGUUCACUGUGAUCUAAAACCAAGUAACAUUCUUCUUGACAAUGAUCUUGUUGCUCAUGUGGGUGAUUUUGGAUUGGCAAGGCUUCUCCCGAAACCCGUCAACACUUCUUCGGAGCAAGGAACCAGCAGUACUAUUGCCAUAAAAGGAACAACAGGUUACGCAGCUCCAGAGUAUGGAAUGGGUCUUGCGGUAUCAACUCAGGGGGAUGUCUACAGCUACGACAUUCUUUUGCUAGAAAUGCUUACAGGGAGGAGACCAACUGAUGAUAUAUUCGUGGGUGACCUGGAUCUACAUAAUUAUGUUAAUGGGGCUUUAUAUGAACAAGUUUCUGAGACCAUGAACCCAUUGCUUUUUCUUGAAGGAGAUGAAAACAGAAAAAUAACUCCUGGAGGGAAAAAUAGCAGUGGUGGAAAAGAGAUGGAGUGCAUUAUUUCCCUACUGAAAAUUGGACUGAAGUGCUCUGCAAGAUUACCAAAUGACAGGAUGCAUAUGAAUGAAGUUGUCAGAAAAUUACAUCUCAUAAAGAAUGUUUUACUUGGUCUGAGGGUACACCAAGAAAAUCUUGAAGUUUGAUUGCCACAGCUGCUUACUGGUCUGAAUCACCAAGAUGAAGUUGCUAGUUCGAUGAACUGAUAAAGAAGACAUCUGUGGCUUUUUAUUUGAAAAAAUAAAUGGAUGAUUCAAACAUAUUCCUAGUCUUUCUUUACAAGAAUUGUAUGUUUUGAAAGGUAGUGAAUUAGGUCAAUUCGGCUUGAACAUCUUUAUGCUUCCAUACUAUGCUUGGAUCUUAUGCUUCCAUACUAUACAUUAUACUAUAAGAGUAUUUAGUCCUUGCUUAAUAUUGGCCUGUAGAAACUUUCA